CUUGGAUCCAACAGGUUCCGUUGUAGUCUAGUCGGUUAGGAUAUUCGGCUCUCACCCGAAAGACCCGGGUUCGAUUCCCGGCAACGGAAUUUCUUUUUAACAAAAAUAUCUUUCUUUUGGUUGAAAUUACGAUUUAAGCGGGAAAUGACAGAUUUCUUUUGGUGGCUACAUAAAAUACUUGCACAAUACAAAAGGUAGGGUUUAUUUAACCAAAAAGGAAAAUGGAAACCAGCAGCAGCAGCAAUAGAGCAAGAGGAGUCAUUGAAGCGAACGUUUUGGCUAUCAUCGAAACAACAGAUUCCAAAGACUCUCAAGACGCAAACGAUGACAGAAUUGCUUUUCUCCAAGCCGUUCGCGCUGCUACUUUUGAUCAAGUUAAUGAGGCACCUCCAACCAACAAAAUGCGUGAGGCAGUCUUUCAAAUAUUUAGGAUUGGGAAAUCUCUGGAAUUAAUCAUGGAAAGCUAUACACUUCUAAAUGAGCUUGAUAAGCGUUUUCCGAGAGUGUAUUUAUCAGAUAGAGGUGCAUUAUCAACUGAUCUUGUGGUGGUUGAAGAGGCUUGGUCCCCUUUUGUUUUUAGUUUGGAUGUUACUUUCAGUGAGCGAGAAGCUAGUGGAAAAAGCUCCGGUAGACCGUUUGAUUCUUUGGCUUUCCAUACGUUAAUACAAGAUCUUGCUGAACUAGUCAAUGAAACCAACCUUGGAAAAUUAGAAUUAAAGUCACUGGGAAAGAUGUUGCUGUUUCAGUAUCUUAUCAAUGUUCUUGAAGGGGAUUUCAUACCACGGAACAAUGCUUAUGCAGAAACCAUGAAUUGGACGCUCGUAAGAGAAUCUUUCCUUAGCAUCCUUCUGAGUUCAAGAAGAAUAAACUAUAAAACUAUUAUGAAGGAUUCCUUGUCCAUCAUAUGUGGGCUAAGUCAAGUUUCUGCUGAAUUUGUUAAUAAUAUGGAAUCUUCUGAUAAUUGUUUGGAAAAACCAUCUCAAAAUGGCAAUGCUGCUGUAGCUCUUGCUUUACCUGAGGUAGGCAGGAGUACUUGUACUGCUGUGCGAAAACUGCUAAUAAUGAUUAUGGAGCUUGAUGUGUCUAAGAAGAAAGCUGAUGCGCAAGGUUGCACGAACAGAGCUGAUGGUGUGAGAAUACCUUUGGUAGAGAUAAUUCUAGAUGAGAUAACUUAUGAUAGUGACAUGCUGACCCAAUUCCUUCAGAUUUUUAAUGAACCUAAAUGGAAGAUGGAAAUCAUUUUGCUGUAUUUCUCAAAAUACAUUGCAAAGCCAUCUUUUCGUACUCGGAGGUCAAAUAGUCCAGCAGAGGAUGAUGGGACACUCAUUGGAGUUCUGAAGUGCUUUUCAAAUGUCACUAGCACAAAGAGUAUUACUAAAAAAAUCAGCAAAGAUGUAGUUCAGAUGCUUCUCGCACAUGCUUUUCAGGCUCAUUUGUCAUUAUUAUUACCUUACCAAGAAUCUGGAUGCAUCUCUGCUCCCAAGGAUAAAGAGGGUAGCAACUCUCUUGUGGAAAUAUGCGAGAAUGUAAUCUCCGCAUUUAGUAGUUUGAAGAAAACAUACGAGAACAUGGAGAUUUUGCCUAUUGGAAAAGAAGCAUUGUUUACCGCAGCAACUAUUCUCUCAAUGAAGUCAUAGGAGUGUGUCGGAAGUCUGAAUUCUGAAGGAAGUCGGAAACAUGCUCAGAUCAUAUUGUUAUUGCGAAAUGUAUAUUCCUCUAAGGCGCUUGUAAAGUUUCCUGUUCUACUCAGUUUUGUGUAUGGUGUCUCAGUCAAUUGAUUCUUGCUAGGGUUUGAUAACUACGAUACAAUAUGCAUUAGGAACUAAGCUAAAGCAAUUGGGAUUUGAGCUCCACAAAAUCAACUUUUGCAUUGCCUGUAUUCACAUUGAUAAUAGACAUAUAAAGAGGUCAAGCUGCUUGAAUCACAAAUUUGUUAUUAUCAAAAUUGAAUUCUAAAGAAUGAAUUAGUCAUCUUAUCGAA